GCUGCAGCUCAUGACCACAGCACUGAGCUGUGAUCAGUGAGAAAAACACACUCCUCGGGACGCGCAGAGAGAUUUGGGAUAACCGAUCAUCUUAUUUUUUUCUGCCUGCAUGUAAAUAAAGGGGGGCUGUGGAAAAGUGGGUGGUGCGUCAGAGCCGGAGAUCCUAUUACAGAGAUCCAGACUUUUCAUGGCAAGUUUUUUUUUUUUUUUUUUGAAGUGGGGGGAGGGCGAAAUCUACUACUUCCACGGCUUUUUUCAUACCCAGCCCUAAAAGAAAUCUAUUCUAGCGUUUUUUAUUACAUAUAAGUAGAUGAUGCGUUUCCUACAGAGUUGAAGGCGGUGUGUGUGUGUGUGUGUGUCUGUGUGUGUCGUUGUUUUCUUUUUUUACUUUCUUGGAGCUGCCGGGAUUUUUUUUUGGAGAAUGAAGGAAUUCCGGAGGAUCCAGCAGCGAGGAUCGGACGAGAAGUGCAGGAUGAAAAAAGUUUGGGAGGACUGCGAGAAAAGUUUGACGCGCUCCGCAGAUUUUCCUCCUCGACAUGGCGCGCUGGGAAACUCGUUCUGAGGACUUCGUGUGCGGAUACAAGGGGAAGUGAAUGAAAAAGCGCCGAGGAUUCAGGAGUUAUCUCACUUUGUUUGGUUUGGGUUUUCAGCGCACGGUUUGAAUCUCCUCUCCCCCCACCAAGAUGUCUUCCCAGGCUCGGAGCCCCAUUGUUGGAUUUUACGGGAUGCUUUGCGUCUGGGCUGCCUGGCUCUCGGGCUCCGGGGCCGUGUUGUCCCCGAACGGGACGAUAUUUGAGGACAAAUGCAAGAAGACCACAACUUGCGAGGCCCUGAAGUACAACACAUGCCUGGGAUCGCCUUUGCCUUACACGCACACUUCGCUGGUCCUGGCGGAGGACUCCAGCACCCAAGAAGAGGCUUAUGAGAAGCUGACCAUGUGGUCUGGUUUGAGGAACGCUCCUCGCUGUUGGUCGGUCAUCCAGCCGCUGCUCUGUGCCGUCUACAUGCCCAAAUGCGAGAACGGUAAAGUGGAGCUGCCCAGCCAGAGCCUGUGCUUGGCGACGCGUCGGCCGUGUAGCAUCGUGGACCAGGAGAGAGGCUGGCCCAGUUUCCUCAAGUGUGACCAGUUCCCUGUUGGCUGUUCGAAUGAGGUGCAGAAGCUCAAGUUCAACACAUCAGGCCAGUGUGAAGCUCCCCUGGUGAAGACGGACAUCCAGUCGAGUUGGUACAAGGACGUGGAGGGCUGCGGGAUCCAGUGCGACAACCCUCUGUUCACCGAGGAGGAGCACGAUGACAUGCACGCCUACAUCGCUUACUUCGGCACCAUCACCCUCCUCUGCACCUUCUUCACCCUGGCCACGUUUCUCGCCGACUGGAAGAACUCCAACCGCUACCCAGCCGUCAUUCUGUUCUACAUCAACGCCUGCUUCUUUGUGGGCAGCAUCGGCUGGCUGGCCCAGUUCCUGGACGGGGCCCGCGACGAGAUCGUGUGCAAGAGCGACAACACCAUGCGACUCGGGGAGCCCUCGUCCUCAGAGACGCUGUCGUGUGUCACCAUCUUCAUCAUCGUGUACUACUCCCUGAUGUCGGGCGUGAUCUGGUUCGUCAUGCUGACCUACGCCUGGCACACGUCCUUCAAAGCUCUGGGCACCACCCACCAGCCGCUGUCCGGCAGAACCUCCUACUUCCACAUGGUCACCUGGUCCAUCCCCUUCAUCCUCACUGUGGCCAUCCUGGCUAUCGCAGAGGUGGACGGAGACUCGGUGAGCGGGAUCUGUUUUGUGGGCUACAAAAACUACAAGUACCGGGCGGGGUUCGUGCUCGCCCCCAUCGGCGUGGUGCUUGUCGUCGGCGGCUACUUCCUGAUUCGGGGCGUCAUGACUUUGUUUUCGAUCAAGAGUAACCACCCGGGACUCCUGAGCGAGAAGGCAGCCAGCAAAAUCAACGAGACGAUGCUGAGACUUGGCAUAUUCGGAUUCCUCGCUUUCGGCUUCGUGUUCAUCACCUUCGGCUGCCACUUCUACGACUUCUUCAACCAGGCUGAGUGGGAGAGGAGCUUCAGAGAAUAUGUUCUGUGCGAGGCCAACGUGACGAUCGCCUCCCAGACCAACAAGCCGAUCCCAGAGUGCACCAUCAAGAACCGGCCCAGCCUGAUGGUGGAGAAGAUCAACCUGUUCUCCAUGUUUGGGACGGGAAUCGCCAUGAGCACUUGGGUCUGGACCAAGGCCACCAUCCUCAUCUGGAAACGGACCUGGUGCAAGAUCAUCGGCCGCAGUGACAACGAGCCCAAGAGGAUCAAGAAGAGCAAGAUGAUCGCCAAGGCGUUCGCGAUGAGGAAGGAGCUUCACAAGGACCCGGAGAAGGAGAUGUCCUUCAGCAUGCACACCGUGUCCCAUGAUGGACCAGUGGCUGGCAUCAAUUUUGACCUCAAUGAGCCAUCGAAUGACGUGUCGUCAGCUUGGGCGCAGCAUGUGACUAAGAUGGUGGCCAGGCGAGGGGCCAUCCUGCCUCAGGACAUCUCCGUCACUCCCACUGGUACACCGGUGCCGCCCCCAGAGGAGAGGAACAGGCUGUGGAUGGUCGAGGCCGAGAUUUCCCCGGAGAUGAUAAAGAGGAAGAAGAAGAAGAAGAAGAGGAAGAAGGAGGUGCGUCCGGUGGAGGAGGCCAUGGACCACCAGGCGUAUCACCAGCGCGAGUUUGGUCGCAGCUCAGUGCCUCGCCUGCCCAAACUGCCGUGCCACCCGAGUCUGGUCGCCAACCUGUGGGAGCAGCAGCGGCAGCAGCUGCAGCUGGAGGAGGACGUCCUGCCAGGGUCCUUCCCAGAUUUCCAACCCUCAUGCGAGGAGAGGUGUCCCUACCCACAAUACCAGAGCAGUUGGAACAGCUACGGCCGCAGCCUGCUCUCUGACCAUCUUGCCCACAGCGACCGCCCGGAGGAUCUGGGUCUCGGCCCACGCUGCCCUCCCACAGCCUCCACCUGGCAGCCACGUGGUUCUUCCCGCUACCCCGGGGAGACGGAGGGGCUGUCAGAGAGGACGGCCCACGUGGCUCGGGUACCGGCGGCACGGAGGGCUGGCUACGGACCGGUGCACUCCAGGACCAACUUAAUGGAGGCGGAGCUCAUGGAUGCUGACUCUGACUUCUAAGAGCGUAUCUCCGAUUUAUUGCUUUGUGGUACACAGACAGUAAGCUACAAAAAAGUGCUGGAAACUUUCAAAACUCUUACUCAAGUGCACCUCAUUUCCAACACCCAGAGGGCAAGAUGGAACUAAGCUGGUCAGUUGUUUUUAUUGUUUUUUUUCUUUCUUUUGAUGUUUUUACAAAAAACAAAGGGAUAAAGUGAACAAAAAUAUGUUGUGAAUAAGUUAAUGAAAAAUAUUUUUUUAUUCUUUAUUUGUGUCCAGUGAGAAAUUUCAAAGGCAACUUGGUGAUUACAAGACAAAUGAGGCAGCUAAACUUUAUAUGGCUUGAAACCGUUGUCUUUUAUUCUGAAGCCCCCCUCGCCUUCAUUCAUUCUGUUUGUGACAACGUUGAACUUUUAAACGCGGCAGGAUGAGUUACGGUGUCACUGAUGAAUUGCCGACUGCCUGUCAACUUUAUUUUGGCGGUUGAAAAAUGUUAUAUUCUUAAUCUUGGAUUGUCUGCUUUUGUCAGCCUGACUCAUACAGAAGACCACACAGGUUAAAGAGAAAAAAAAAACAGAAUUGAGCGGGCUACUUGCAAAUAUUGUUUAACCCAGGUCUUCUUUUAUGUGACAUUUAAAUGCUCUUCAGGCUCCAUUUCUGUCUGCCUACUACUAUUUAUCCAUUAAUAACUUGUUUAGAGGUACUAACCAUUAUCUCCCUUGCCCUAGUAAUACUAAUAUAACAGAAAAUAUUGCUAAAGUGGUUUCGAUAGGUUGCCUUAAGAAUCUACGAUACAGGAAGUACUAAAAGAAAUGGUUCAAUUUGUGCCCGCCAUUUUGUUUUAAAGCUCCCAUAUCAUAGAUUUUAGAUGUCUUUUUAAAAAUUAUAUUAUAAAGCAAAGAAACAGGAAGAAAAUGCUGAAUCCACAGAGAAAUACACACAAAACUGUUCCUUUUUAAAUGAGACAUCACAGCUUCCGUAAUGUUCUGAUGUCACAGCUAUACAGGCCACGCCCCCCCAGCACAGCCGAGGUUGCAAAAACUCCCACAGAGUUGGUGUUGAAGGCACGGUGGGCGGUGCCUGCUCGGCCCUGUGAGACCAAUCAGAGCUGACGGGGCUAAAAACACACGAUUCAAUACACCCACAGAUAUCUUACUGUUUCUUUCAGAGAAGAACACUGAAAUGAAUUGUCCAUCUUAACAAGUUCUCUCUGCAUACUUUCAGAGCAGCGUUUCUUCUUGUACAAUUAUUUUUAAAAGUGUUAUUUUUUUACAGCAGUAUUUCUACUUUUGCGUAUCCGCUGUACAUAUUCAAUCUAAACUGGGCCUCAUAUGUGUGUCCUCGUCUCUUCAGGCCAGUUGAAGGUCGUCUUCAUGAUGUAUUUUAACACCACAGUGGGCUGAGAAGUCACUUUUUACCUGAAUGCAUCUAUUUUUCACCCUCUGUCUCUCUCUUUUUCUACGUGUGUGCUGUAUAUAGGUUGUCCAUAGAGUUCUCACUAAGGGUAUUAUUUGUACAGAUUUAUAUAUCGAGUCACUUGAUUGCUCUGCUGAUAAUGAUAAAUAAAAAAGGGAAGAGUCAACUGCGCUAGAAAAAAAGUUUUCACUGUACUUGUGCUGUAACCAAAAUCUCACCCAGCGUUGCCGUGUUGCACUCGUUAUGGAGGAACGAUGCUGAAGCAGACUGUGACCGAGCGACACAUAAACGAUACGAAUCAGCCCGUCUGAUGUAAUUCAUGUGAGAUGUGUACGAUAGAGAAUUAUUUAUGUUGUUGUUAUUAGUUGCCGCACUGCUAUGAAUUCGUCCAUGUAGCGAGUCUGGCGGCAAAAAUAAAAGCACAGCCGAUGUUCCACCCCGAAAAAGUUUAUGUUCAAAGAUUAUUAAAACAUUAAAUGAGGAUUACUUUAGACUUUCGUCUCUUUAUGCCUCGGAAAGUAAUACACUCUGUUUUUUUUUUGGGUUUUUUUGUGAGCUGUUGAAAAGGUGUCGGCCUGCCGGCUGGUCCUGUGUUGCUUUCUGAGUUUAGUCUCCCAACUGUGUACAAAGAAAAGAUUACUGUCACUGACUGUGCAGCUGUACUUUUUGUGUUUUCAUGUGUAAAUAAAAGUAACCCUACACUUC